AUGUUUGGCUCAGAGCAGAGCAGAAAUGGCUCUCUUUGGUGUGCCUCAAACAUGAUGGGACAUGGAGAUAAGAGCGAUGAACCCAUUCGAGGCUGUCCUAACGCCUUGUCAAUGCUGACCAAGAAUGAAGAAACACGCAUAGAGUACUUGUCUUCUCUUGAACCAGAGGAAGAUGGAACAGGAAAUGUCGAGUACAAGUUCCAAAUUCUUCCUUCCUCUGCUGAUCGGUUUGACCGACUGGUGACGCAGCUCAACUGGCGACUCACCGAGGGGGAUGGGCUUUGUAUGUAUGAAGUGGGUGUAUUAGACGACGGUACAUUGGCCGGGAUACCAAGAGAAGACAUGCGAAAGAGUCUUGCAAACCUGUGUGCUAUGGCUCAGGUUCUUGAUGCCAAGCCGGAAAUCUGCCGUCUCAUGAUGAUCCGCACAGGUGAGGAUGACGGACCAACGGUGCACAUUUUGUCUGAUGACGACGAGGCACGAGUACAUUUGGGAAUAGAAGCUGGUCUCCCAGAUGCUGAGGUGGUAGGUGUGCAGAUACCACGGGACACACCACUCAUACGACUUGCACCGCCUUUGCACAGGGACGUAUUUCGGCUACGACCUUAUCAACAAGGUGAAAAUGAUGAUGGCAGAUUCAUGUCCGAUCCGACGACCGUAACAUCUCCCAAUAUACCUACAGAUGCUCGAAUAGAGCAGCGACGAUCUAAGGUCAAUCAGCGACGAGUACUGAGAUUAGAACGAUUCGAGGCAGCGAUCGAGAGGGGCGCAGGCAAGGAAAUUUCUGUACAGAGCCUGUCAAACUGUAGGGGUGGAAUGCCGUCUCGUGAAGUUGCAGAAUGCUUGUAUAUGGCUGAGGUCGUGAUUAGGCUACAGAACGACUUUUACAUAGACUACACCUCAUUGUAG